ACGUCUCACCGGACUGGCUCGGAAACUGGUCUCGCCAUUAUGGGGGCGGCAAAACAGGAGCCACUCUAGCUGAAAUAGGGAGGUGCCUCCUGCACCGGAUUCCCGGGGUCACCCGCAACCGAAACCUUCUGUGUCUGGUGCACAGAAGCCGCUCGUCUCGCCCGGUGUAAAAGACAGCCCAGCCGAGUCGCUACAGCCAUGGGGACGGCGCCAGGUGCAGGCUACUUCCAAAGGGGCAGCCUGUUCUGGUUCACAGUCAUCACCGUCUCCUUCAGCUACUACACGUGGGUUGUCUUCUGGCCUCAGAGUGUCCCUUAUCAGAGCCUCGGACCCCUGGGUCCCUUUACAAAGUACUUGGUGGACCACCAUUACACCCUCCUAAGAAAUGGGUAUUGGCUUACUUGUCUGAUUCAUGUGGGAGAGUCCAUAUAUGCCAUGGUAUUGUGCAAGCAUAAAGGAAUCACAGACGGCCAGGCCCAGCUCCUCUGGUUCCUACAGACUUUCUUGUUUGGCAUAGCUUCUCUUUCCAUCCUGAUCGCUUACCGACCAAAGCACAAAAAACACAAUUGAAGGAGAUAGCCAAGUUUCUUUUCCACUUCUUUAAGUCUUCCUUUCUGUGUGUCCUGGUUUCUAGGAUGACCUCUCUGCCUUCUAGGCAGGGUCUGUCACAGAAACCUGUCUAAACCUGUCUAAAUUGCACUUAUUUGGGGUGCUCUGACCAAACUUGCUUAGACCAUUUGUUAUUUAAGAAAGACCCUGCCAUUCCAGCUCUGCAGACGACCUGCUUGGAGAAGACCUUGGGUCUCUUUCCUGAGGUCCUUGGUCAAGGCACUUUCCUCUUGUGUCUUUUGGCUAAGACACAAACUGGAUUAUUUUUUUUAUAGGUUCACCCUUGCCCUUCCUUCAGACUAAUGCUCCCUCCCCUCCUCCCCACUGAUAGCUUUCCACCCCCACCGUUCGCCCUGGUUUGGGACUAAGAUAAAGUAAAACUUCCACAUAUUACCAGUUCCACAUGCAUUUAUCCACCACGAAGCAGGAUCUUAUCCACACACACACAGAGCCACCACCCCACCCCGCACCCCGUUUCCAUUUCUCCAGCUACAGAGAAAGAUAAAAACAAAGCAAGUGCCUGGCAUAGAAACUGAAGGGACCUGCUGAGCCCGAGUCAGGAACAUUGGGGGUGUCCUUCCUGAUGCUGCGUACCAGAGGAGGUGACUGUUAAGUUGGAAGCAUAGCCCCCAGGCCUGCGAGCUGUAUUAGUCUGGACUCCAAAUCCCAGAGUAUUUAUGUGAACUCCCAAAGGAGAAACACGUGGUCCUUUUUCCUUCCUCAUUUGGCCUCCUGGUUCCCCCUCAGGGCCACCUGAGAGCGCAGGAAUCCCAUUAAACCUGGAUAUUUCUUAA